CUCUCUACCCAAUCCGCGCUAGCUUCUUGCAGUUGGCCCCUCUCUCGCCCUCUUCCUCCCCACUUCCCCCACCCAAAACCCCCCCCUCCAUUUGUUCCUCAACUCUCUACCCAAUUCGCGCUAGCUUCUUGGCAGUUGGCCCCCCUCUCUCUCUCUCUCUUCCUCCCACCUUCACCCCACACCCCCCCCCCCCCACCACACCACAAACCCCCAAUUUUUAGGUUAUUAAUUAAGGUUAGUUAUAAGAUUUUAGAAUGAGGAAACCCUGCUGCGAUAAGCAGGACACGAACAAAGGAGCUUGGUCCAAGCAAGAAGACCUGAAGCUCAUUGAAUACAUUCGUAAAAAUGGCGAGGGUUGUUGGCGUACCCUUCCUCAGGCUGCCGGCCUACUUCGUUGUGGUAAAAGUUGUAGGCUGAGAUGGAUAAACUAUCUACGACCAGACCUUAAAAGAGGCAACUUUGCUGAAGAUGAAGAAGAUCUUAUCAUCAAGCUUCAUGCACUCCUAGGCAACCGGUGGUCAUUGAUUGCUGGGAGAUUGCCAGGACGUACAGACAAUGAAGUGAAAAACUACUGGAACUCUCAUUUGAGAAGAAAGCUUAUGAACAUGGGUAUAGAUCCAAAUAAUCAUCGACCGAACAACGUCAAUCUCCCUCGUCUUCAUCAUCAAAAUUCACAAACUGUCAGUAGUACUGCAACAUUGUCUGCGGCUUUAAAAAACCCUACCAAUUAUCAGCUGCAAGCAAGAUCCGGUGGUAAUAAUAAUUGUGACCAUGAAUCGGACGGUACAAGUUGCUUAGAGGAUGAUUCUUGUGGCCGGCUGCCUGAUUUAAACCUAGACCUCACAAUAACUGCUCCUUUGUCUAAUCCAGUUCCUGAUAACCUCAAGGAGGAGCAAAAUUUCGAGUCUAAAGUGUCAAAGAAGUCAUCAGAAUUUGCUUCAUCUACCAUCCUUCCUCUCUUCAGAUAAUCGAAUUUUCGUCCAUGUGGAUCGGAAGGUUUCCACAAGCAUUAAUUUUAGCUGAAAUGGCUUAUGAAAUUGAAAAUAAUUAUAUUGAUCAAUUGGAGAUAUAUAAAGAGUCUAAUUUUGUAGAACCUACUUAUUUGGGUAAAAAAUGCAAGAUGCAUAUCUUGGAAAGUCAGCGUGAGAUCCAAAAUUACAAUGCAGUUCCUUAAAAGAGCGACAAAUGUACUUCCAAGAAUCUUUCUUGCAUGCAUCUCAAAAUGUUGGCUUGCAGUUGCUCGGAAUCAUUGGACUUGAAGAUAAUCUAUCAGUUUAUAACAAGGCUUUGCAACAGAUGAUGAUGGCUGAAGCUGAACGUAUCAACAAGAAAGCAUAUUUACUUGAUCGGAGAUGCUGGCUAGAUAAAUUAGCCAAUUUAUUUAUCAUAAAGUUGGGUAAGUGAUUAAUAAAUGUAUUAGCUAUGUAAAUUUGUGAACAUGAACAUCCGCAUAUUCCAUUUAAUUACAGUAUUUCUAGCUUUGAUA